AUGACGACGACGGCACCAUGCAAGUUACGCCAAAACAGGGCCCACGCCAUUGGCGCCGGCUCUCCAGAAAGGAGUGCAGCUUCGUGUGUGACGUCACUGGUGCUGCUGGGGGCGCUGGUGGCCUACGCCGCUGCCACGGCCAGCCUCAGCACCCGCUACGACCAGACCAGCGGCCGCCUCGUCAUCUUGCUGACAGGAGACGGCGAGGAGGAGGAGGUGGGCUACGUCACGGCACCGAGCGACGGGUACGCCCCCACGGCGUGUGAGGAUGGCCGCUCCGACGAGGACUGCCUGCAGUUCACCGACUCCAGCAUGGCCGUCCGCCACAGGACUCUGGACGACCGCUGCCUCGACAUCAAGGUGUCUGCCAAGUCUUCCACGAGGUCCAUCAGAGGCUGCCUCAACCACCGCGGCGCCCACAUCUACGGUGGAAUCCAGAAGGCCCAGCAGACCUGGCCCGCAGAGUCCGACGUGUUCGACCACUUCUCCUACGUCCCCAAGAAGGACGGGAAAGUCGGCAUCGCCGUCCGCUACUGGCUGUUCUCCGAUGGCAGAACGCCGAUCCCUACCCCACACGAAGAACAGGCGCACGAAUACGCAAUCGAGAACUUCCUCGGCAAGCCGGAAGCAAUCCCAGACGAGCGCAUGGCCACGCACCCCGUCUGGUCGACGUGGGCGCGCCACAAGAAGGACAUCGACGACGCGACGGUGAGGCAGAUCGCCGCAGACAUCAUCGCCCACGGCUUCAACGAGAGCCAGCUGCAGGUGGACGACUACUGGGAGAGCUGCUACGGCAGUCUCACCUUCGACACAGACAAGUUCCCCGACGUGAAGACGAUGGUCGACGACCUCCACAAGCUGGGCUACCGAGUCACCCUGUGGGUGCACCCGUUUGUGAACCAGGACUGCGAGCCCUACUACUCGCAGGCACUGGCCAGCGGAUACUUCGUCACCAGCUCCAACGGCACGGUCGACACCCAGUGGUGGAGAGGUGUGGGCGGCGUCAUCGACUUCACCAACUCCGAGGCAGCAGCCUGGUGGGCGUGCAGAGUCUGGGCACUGCACAAGGCGACCGGUAUCGACUCGUUCAAGUUCGACGCCGGAGAGACCAGCUGGCUGCCGUACGAGUCGACCAUCGAGCCCCUCGAGCUGAACCCGGUGCGCUUCACCGACGACUACGUGAAGACGGUGUCCCAGUUCGGCCCCAUGAUCGAGGUGCGCUCCAGCGUGCGCAGCCAGCAGCAGCCCGUCUUCUUCCGCAUGUUCGACAAGCACAGCAGCUGGAGCGCCCAGAACGGCCUGCGCACGCUGAUCCCCUCGCUGCUGCACAUGAACGUGGUCGGCCACCCGUUCGUUCUGCCCGACAUGAUAGGCGGCAACGUCAACAGCGGCAACGGGCCCGACAAGGAGCUCUACAUCCGCUGGCUGGAGGCCACCGUCUUCAUGCCGGCGCUGCAGAUGUCCAUCGCGCCGUGGGACUUUGACGACGAGACGGUUGAGAUUGCCCGCAACAUGACGUCGCUGCACGUGCAGUACGCGCCGCGCAUCGUGGAGCUGAUGAAGCGGACUGUGCAGGACGGCAGCCCCGUCAACCUGCCUAUCUGGUGGCUCGACCCCACCGACGAAACGGCGCUCACCGUCGACUCAGAGUUCCUGCUGGGAGAGGAUAUCCUUGUGGCACCGGUGGUGACUCACAGCGCAACAACACGUGACAUUUACCUGCCCAAGGGCAGCUGGAGGGAUGAGGUGGACCCUGCACACCCUGUUACAGAGGGCCCCACCUGGCUUCGCAAAUAUCCUGCUCCACUCAACACUCUACCCUACUUCACCAGGGUCAGCUCUUCGUAA